AUGUUACCCCUCAAUCCUGAACGCCUUUGGGGUAUGGGAGGAAACAAGCACCUGGAGAAAACCCAUGUAGUCACAGGGAGAAAGUGCAAACUAUACUCAAACCACACCAGAGGCCAGGAUCAAACCCGGGCAGAAACUGUAUCAGCUGUGCCACUGUGCUGCCCAACUAGUGUGAAUGUGCGAUCGAUGGUUGGCGCGGACUCGGUGGAUCGAGACGCCUAUUUCCACGCUGCAUCUUUCAAUCAAUCAAUUUGAUCCUCGUGGAGUGCCACGACUAAUCUCCCAGUGUAAAUAACUGCCCUUUACACACGCUCUCCACUCUCCGUACCAAAGCCAGCUUGCAAUCUACAUCCUCCUAAAAACAUUUGAUCUUCUGCUGUGGUUCGGUUUUAGUUCUUUGUUGAAACAUCAUGGAGUCACAGAGCGUCGAAACGGACCCUUCGGCCCAACUUGCCGAUGCCGACCAACAUGCUCCAUCUACACUAGUCCCACCUGCUGGCAAUCUCCCCAUAUUCUUCCAAACCUAUCCUAUCCAUGUACCUGGUCAAACAUUCUGCCGCAACUACCUCCUCUGACCGCUGGUUCCAUAUACCUUUUACACACCCUUUGUGUAUGUGUAAAAAAAAGAAUGGCGCCCCUCGGGUUCCUCUUAAAUCUUUCUCCCCCUCAAUCUGAGCCUAAAUCAUACUUUCUUUCUGCUAAAGUUGCUUUAAAUUAUGCUGGUUUAAAAUGACAACAACUCUGUGUCCUUUUAGAAAAAGGUAUCUUCGGUGUCCGGACAUUUAGUGUAAAACUGAAAGAUUUCUUUUAAGGUUGCACUUAGUUAUCCAAGGUUUUAAGGUUUAAUUUAGAGAUCCAACACGGAAACGGGCCCUUCAGCCCACCGAGUCCGCUCCGACCAGAGAUCUCCGCACACUAACACUAUCCUACACUCACUAGGGACAAUUUACAUUUGCACCAAGCCAAUCACUUGCUUGCAGCAGCACAACAGAAUACGUAAAGAUAGUACACUUAACUAUAAAAUUAACUUAUUUUUUCCCAUUUAUUAUAUUGUUUACAUAUUCUGUUGUGCUGCUGCAAGUAAGAAUGUCAUUGUUCUAUCUGGGACACAUGACAAUAAAACACUCUUGACUCUUAACCUACAAACCUGUACGUCUUUGGAGUGUGGGAUGAAACCGAAGAUCUCGGAGAAAACCUACGCAUGUCACGGAGAGAACGUGCAAACUCCAUCCCGACAGCUCUCGUAGUCAGGAUCGACCCCGGGUCUCUGACGCUGUAAGGCAUCAACUCUACUCCCACCGUGCUGCCAUAACGCUUGGCUCGAGGGAUGACUUUCAAUAGAUCGUAGUGAGGUAUGCUCAUAAAUACAGUCAUAGAGUGAUACAGUGUAGAAACAGGCCCAACGUUCCCACACCGGUCAACACUUGUCCAACCUGCCUGAGCUUAGUCCAUAUCCCUCCAAACCUGCCCUAUCCAUGUACCUGCCUAACUGUUUCUUAAGUGUUGGGAUAGUCCCAGCCUCAACUAUCUCAUCUGGCAGCUUGUUCUAUACACCCACCACCCUUUGUGUGAAAAGGUUACCCCUCAGAUUCCUAUUCAAUCUUUUCCCCUUGAACCUAUGUCCUCUGGUCCUCGAUUCCCCUACUCUGGGCACGUGACUCUGUACAUCUGCCCGAUCUAUUCCCCUCUUGAUUUUGUACACCUCUAUAAGAUCACCAUUCAUCCUCCUGUGCUCCAAGGAAUAGAGACCCAGCCUACUCAACCUCUCCCUGUAGCUCACACCCUCUAGUCCGGGCAACAUCCUCGUAAAUCUUCUCUGAACUCUUUCAGACUUGACAAUAUCUUUCCUAUAAGUUCACACUUGACAGUUUUUCCCCCCCCGCUCUCCGCAGCUCCUUCCAGGCCACUGCAAGAUAACGGAGAGAGUGAAAAAGCGGCUCUACUAUGGCCGAGACAUAGACUACAACAUGGACGCUCUGUCCUGUCCUGUCACUGAUAUUGCAGUCGAACUACUUCAGAAAUCGGCUCCAAGCCCAAUAAGAAAACUGCGGAAGAAAUAUGCUGCUCAUGUGGCAAGGGAGGCCUGUAUCUCGCCUUGUGCAAUGAUGCUUGCCCUUGUCUACAUUGAACGGCUCCGACAUCGGAACCCGGAAUACCUGCAGCAGAUCUCGUCGUCUGACCUCUUCCUGAUAUCCAUGAUGGUCGCCAGCAAGUACUUGUACGAUGAGGGGGAAGAGGAGGAGGUGUUCAAUGACGAGUGGGGGGCUGCGGGAAAGCUGGACGUUCAAGUGGUCAACACCCUGGAGAUGAACUUCCUGCGAGCCAUCGAUUGGAACCUGUACGUUAACACCCAGGAAUUCUUUGAGCUUUUGAGUCGCCUGGAGGGAAGGGUGGCCGAGUCGCAGGGACUAAAACGAGGCUGGUUCACAUACACGGACUUGUGUGUGUUGCUGGAGCAGGCGCUGUGGCAACAGGUGUUUUCAGAAUUCUACCAGCAUGUUGUCAAGGUUGCAUGCAUGCUGGGGUUCGUCUACCUGACGGGCGUGGCAGGAAUAAUCGCCGGCUCAGCGAUCGCCCGCCAGGCCGUGUACUCGAGGGGCCAGGCCGACCCGUUCCCCAGCGCCGACAAACCGGUGGUGGGCCAAGGAGUUGUCCUGGACCGAGCGAAAUGCCGGCAGGAGGCCGAGCCCUUCCCGCCGUUCAACCCAGCGGUGGCUGACGUGGCCAAGCCUCCGGGCUCUCCCUCCGGCCUCUGUUGCUGCCUGUUGGAAAAUGACUCGAGGUGGACAAAUUCCGGCUUUGCCAUGUCGGCCCUGUGCACCUGGGGGGCUGCCCUGACCUCCUUCACUUACGUUACUGACCAGGGGAACCUCCGAGAGGAGCUGAGGAUCCCACCGCCCAUUUCCUGUUCUACUUGUUGCAAGCUGCAGGGCGAGACCGGGAUGGCAGUCCAAUGCAGGGCAUCGAACCAGACGUCCAUUAAGAUCUCCUUCCGCCACAGCCCGUCGGAACUCCUCUGCGCCUUCGGAUCGCGGGGCGUGUUCUCCCCCGGGUGUAGAGGUUGCACACAGGACAGGGCGGUAAACGUAAAGAAGCCUCCUCCAACCCCCAGCUUCCAGCGGCUCAUGGACCUUCUCUGCCUCCCCGGUUCCCUGAGGAUGAGAAGCUGCCCGACAGAAACACCAACAGCGUUCAACCAGCUCGUCAUACCCGUCUUGCCCAGUUAGGCAGUCAGUCCCCCUUCCUUUCCCAGCAUUUAGAAUUCGGAACCAUUCUAUGAACCCGAUUCCCCACUUGCGAUCAUUCGACUUCAAUCUCAAAACCCAGCAAUUAGACCAGCAGGACAGUCACUGCAGCAUGAUCUCGGCCUCCACCAGAAUCCUGGGCCUGAUCUGGCAGCUGUUCCCAACUUGCGACCAUGCACACAAGCUAGAUUUGCUAAUAACCUGUCGAAGCGGAGUGAACUCGCCAACAUUGAUAGGUGUACGUGCUGUUGUAACUCCAGGAUACAAUUGUGAGCAGCGGCACACUCGCACCUCUCUCAGCAUCAGCGGCCUUCAGCAAUAAAUUUGAUACAUUCAAAGUCACUUUCAUGUACAUAGAGCCCCGCACAUAGCAAUCCUCUCAAAACGGUCCCUCUGCGGAGUAUUACUUUGAGAGGAGGCGGCUUUACUCUGCCGGAGAAUACAGCGGCGGUUUUGUGCCUAGCAACUCGCAAGAGGAGAGACACAAAAUGGAGGAUCUCGUCCUCGGUGCUGCCAGCCGAUGAGAGAACGAGCAAUGGAAUUACUUUUAACGCAAAAUCUCAACCAGCUGGGGCCAGUUAACCUGCAACUCUUAUUUGGUAUCUCACCUAAAGGACAUCAUUGACACCAGGAGCUUGGGGCUUGUGCUCAACGUGCUUAGAACAGCGCCUGCUACUACUGGUCCUUCUCAGCAAACAUACCCGACACUCGACAGCGUGCGGCGUUACUUUUAAGUCGCAGAAUUCGAAGUUUGCAGGAUUUCUAGACUCUUCUGCACCUUUUGUACAGCUAUUUGAAGACCUUUUAUAACGAAACGGGUUUGAUGAAGGCAUCGAGGAAUCGGAGGUGGAAUCCAAAAUGGUCGCCUAAUUUUUUGUGGAAUCCAAAAUGGUUGCCUACCGAUGCUGGAAAACCUGAGGAAAAGUGAUACAACUUGUGACCAUGCACAAAAGCUAGAUGUACUAAUGACCUGUCUUGUGCAGUAUGAUUAGACUACAUCGGGUAUAGCAUUUACAAUGCAUUUACAUAGCAUUACAAUUUACAGUAGUUGGGUUAUUUGGAACCUUUGCUUUAACUCUCUAGUUUUUUUUAUUCAGGAGUGAUUUUCUAACGUGGGGGGGAUCUAAGCUGCGUUUCCUACAGUCAUUUGGGGGAGAUUGUAAGUCUCUUGAGUAGCCAAACAAACCACAUUUAAACUAUUGCUGGGUGACGGAGGAAAUCGGCAAAAUGUCCCCAGCUUUUCAUGCAAGAAACUGCAGAUGCUGCAAUCUUGAACAGGACAAAAUAUGCUGGAAUCUGGAACAGAACUGGAGGGUCUUGGUGGGUGUGGGUGGGGAUGGGCAGACAACAUUUCGGGUCGGACCGAAGAAGGGUCCCAACCCGAAACGUCGUCCAUCCUUUCCCUCCACAAAUGCUGCCUGACUCGCCGAGACCCUCCAGCAUAUUGUGUUUUACUAUUUUUAAUAGAUUCUAUGCUCAUCCCAUAUACCUACCAUUCUAAAUAUCAUAAUAUUAUAAUCUCGGACCAUGCACCUCUAACAUUUACAAGGGGUCACAGUUUAAGGAUAAGGGGGAAGUAUUUAGGACCAAGAUGAGAAAAACAUUUUUCACACAGAGAGUGGUGAAUCUGUGGAAUUCUCUGCCACAGAAGGUAGUUGAGGCCAGUUCAUUGGCUAUAUUUAAGAGGGAGUUAGAUGUGGCCCUUGUGGCUAAAGGGAUCAGGGGGUAUGGAGAGAAGGCAGGUACGGGAUACUGAGUUGGAUGAUCAGCCGUGAUCAUAUUGAAUGGCGGUGCGGGCUCGAAGGGCCGAAUGGCCUACUCCUGCACCUAUUUUCUAUGUUUCUAUGUAUGGAGAGAAGGCAGGUACAGGAUACUGAGUUGGAUGAUGAGCCAUGAUCAUAUUGAAUGGCGGUGUAGGUUCGAAGGGCCGAAUGGCCUACUCCUGCACCUAUUUUCUAUGUUUCUAUGUAAGAUGGUUACAAAUAACUUGCAAUGUCGACGCAAGGAACUGCAGAUGCUGGUUUGCAACAAAAAAAAAGACAUAUCAAAGAGCUGGAGUAACUCUGUGGGUCAGCCAGCACCUCUGGAGAAAAUGGUUAGGUGAUGUUCAGUCUGAUCCAAAAUGUCACCUCCCCAUUUUCUCCAGAUGCCAACUGACCCGCUGAGCUAUUCCGGUAGUAUGUAAUUUUUCCAGCAUCAGCUGUUCCUUGCGUCUCUUGUUGCUUGGUGGGAUUACACAGCAUAACUUAGGGGCGGAACAGUGGCGCUGCGGUAGAGUUGCUGCCUUACAAAGCCAGGGACCUGGGUUCGAUCCCGACUACGCUUGCUUGCCUGUAUGGAGUUUGCAUGUUCUCCCCGUGACCUGCGUGGGUUUUCACCGGGAGCUCCGGUUCCCUCCCACGUACGGGUUUGUAGGUUAACUGGUUUAGUACAAAUGGAAGUUGCCCCUCGUGUGCAGGAUGGUGUUAGAGUGUACGGGGAUCGCUGGACAGUACGGUCUCGGUGGGCCAAAGGGCCUGCAUCUCUGAGUUUAAACUAAACCCCAGUCUCACAAAUGAUCGACGACCCAGCCAGCGCUAAUCCGGUGUGGAAUCUGCUGAUUUCAGCCAGAACAUUGGUGAACGAACAUUCCUUUUUGUUACUGAUUCCAGCACCCAUGAGGGUUGGGGGGGGGGGGGGGGAUGAGUGUUGGUUUAAACCAGCAUCUGCAGUUCCUUCCUAUACAGAAGCAUAGCAUUUGAUGAGUCAUAGAUAGUCAGAACCUUGUUCCCAGUGUGGAAAUGUCAAAGGCAUAGCUUUAAAGUGAGAGUGGCAAAGCUUAAAGGAGAUGCGUGGAGCAGGUUUUUUGGUACACAGUGGUGGGUGGCUGUAACGCACGCGCUGCCAGGGGUGGUGGUGGAGGCGGAUAUGAUAGUGGCUUAAGAGGCUUUGGGAUAGGCAUAGAUAAGGGCUCGAAAAGAUAGUGGAGUCGGGGGAUAUGGGGAGAAGGCAGGAACGGGGUACUGAUUGUGGAUGAUCAGCCUUGAUCACAUUGAAUGGCGGUGCUGGCUUGAAGGGCCGCAUGGCCUACUCCUGCACCUAUUGUCUAUUGUCUAUUUAUGACAUUCGGCAUGGACAUUGUGAGCCAAGGGGCCUGUCUCUGUGCAGUGGUUUUCUAUGUUCUAUGUUAAAAUGGACGAAAAUUGGAGUGCAGGCAGGGAUUUAAUAAAAAGUCAGUAUGGUUUCUCAUGAAGUCACUCAGUAUAAAUAUCCCAUCCUUAUAAGUUAAUAGGAAUAUCCCUGUGACAAUGAUUAAAACGUCAGCUUAGUUCUCCUGCACUGAAUUAUGCCCCUGUCCCACCUAGGAAACCUGAACGGAAACCUCUGGAGACUUUGUGCCCCACACAAGGUUUCCGUGCAGUUCCCGGAGGUUUUUGGUCAGUCUCCCUACCUGCAACCACCUGCAACCUCCGGGAACCACACGGAAACCUUGGGUGGGGCGCAAAGUCUCCAGAGGUUUCCGUUUAGGUUUCCUAGGUGGGACAGGGGCAUCAGUAGUGGUGACAACUAAGUAUUUCAAGCCACUUCCGGUUGUCACAGUGGGUGUAUCAAAUAAUCCGAAAGACAGCAAGACUGUAUAUUUUAUCAGAAAUUAUGGAUAUUAUUAAGCGGGAAAUCAAAUGUCCUGCUGUUUUGUAAUGGCCAAACUGUUUUUAUCAUGAAAGAUGAAAUAAAAUGCACAAGCAACAAA